AUGGCCAGUGAAAGUGUUCCCAUGCAAAACCCUCCUUCAGUUCCAGCUCUCGCCUCCCAAUCUUCAGAGCCAGUUCAUAGUGUCCUGCAUCCGACACAGCCAGACAGUGAAGCUAUUACUGUCGAAAACGCUAGAGAAGGCGCAAAGGUAGACGAAUCCGAGGCUCCCAAUUCCCAGCCUCUGAGCGCUUCUUCCAUAGAACCUUCUCUCGAUGCACCUGUUGCAUCCUUAGAGCCACAGGCCCCGGUGGCCGCUCCGGUAGAAAAGGCUGAGGCCAAGGAGCAGUCCGAAAAGGAUCAGUCUGAGAAGAAGGAAGUUGAAAAGGAAGAGCCUCAGACAGGCGAGAAGCGCGAUCUGGACGCGACUACGACCCCGCCUGUAGCUCCAACAGCCCCAGCUUCCGCCGCCGAAGAAACGGACAAACUUGACCCAACUGCUCCUGUCGUUGAAAAGACGGAAGAGCCCGAGGCCAAGAAGCAAAAGCUAGAGACUGGAGCGGAAUCUACCGAGGAACCCGCUGAGGAACCCGAGGCCGCUGCUCCAGCUCCACCUGCAGCCGAUGAUGCAAAUGGAGAGCCCAAGAAAACUUCCCGUCCCAAGAAGGAGAAAGUGAAAGAUGUCAUCAAAAAGGCGGUUUCUGCGGAGGGAAUUGGCAGCCGCACCCGUAGCCGAACCAAGGCUGACUAA